AUGGAAGAUCUAGUCAAGAAGAAACGAGUGAGAGGAGGCCACAGAUCGUCAGCUAAAAAGCUUGUGGGGAAGAUAGUUGAAAGGCUUCAAAGUGAGAGCCCAGACAAAGACAUACUAUGGUUGCGACAGAGCCAAACGAACUUGAAAGAAAAAAUCAAGACGAUCAGACAAUUCGACGAACAAAUAAUCGACAUAAUCAGCGCAUCGAAAGAGGAAGACGUCGAUGAACUUGUAACGCAAGAAAUUGAAGACUCAGACAACGCGAUAGCGGAACUGGAAAGAAUAUUACUCGAGCUCGAGGAUGAAUUAUGUAAAUUGAGACAAAGCACGCCAUUGUCAGUGUCGACAACGCAGAACGCCGCGGAUGCAAGCCUUAAUCAGAGUCAUUUGUCAACCUCCAGCGAUAUGUCAGUCGGUAAAAUCGUUCGAGCUAAGCUCCCGAAACUUGAACUCAGAAAGUUUAACGGAAAGAUUUGCGAAUGGCAGGAGUUUUGGGACAGCUUUUCAAGUUCAAUCGAUAACAAUGAGCAGUUGUCUGAUGUCGAUAAAUUUGC